GUUCCGCGUUAGAACAGCUCUUUCGUGGGGUCAGCGAUGACUUAUCCAUAGGAUCAUCGUCGGACACCAGUAUGAGGGCCUUUGACCCAGCCACCGUCUUCUUGUCUUUGGCCGCCAUCGCGUGCAGCGCAGAUGCGUACAGAACGUCCCGCCAAAGGGUCUUUCUGUGCUACUUUGCCAGCUGGUCCUACUACCGGGUCGGCGACGGCAAAUUCUCAGUCGCGCAGAUAGACGCGACGCCGUGCACCCACCUCAUUUACGCGUACGCCAAGCCCGUGAACGGAUCUAUUGCACCGAUGGAUACACGUCUCGAUACCAAUGUCCACAAAAUGUAUAGAAAAUUUAAUGCCCUGAAGAGGACAAGACGUGGCUUGAAGACACUCAUCUCGAUCGGAGGCUGGAACGAAGGAUCAGAAAGAUUUUCUAAAAUUGCGUCGAGUGAGCGGGAACGCCGGGCCUUCGUGGAGAGUGUGGUCGCAUUUCUGGACCUCCACGGCUUCGACGGAAUCGACAUCGACUGGAAGUACCCGACUCAAAGAGAUGGAUCCCCGAACGAUAAGAAGAACUUCGCACUGUUGCUCAAGGAUUUGAGGAAAGCAUUGGACCGCAAGGAUCACAUACUUACGGCCUCCGUGUCUGCACUAAAGGCGAUAAUCGACGCAGCUUAUGAUGUCAAAGAGAUCUCCAGGCAUGUUCAUUUCAUGAGCAUCAUGGGCUACGAUCUGUUCGGUCCGUGGAACUAUCACACCGGACAUCCUGCACCGCUCCGGGGCAGAAUUGGCGGCUCUUCUGACGAGAGCACCCUGAACGUGGAAACCAGCAUCGCGAGUUGGAUCUCUGAAGGAGCUGACGUGGGGAAACUCGUGCUGGGUAUGCCGCUGUACGGGCGAACGUACACCCUGAAGGACCCCAGCGAACACGGCUUCAACGCGCCAACGUGGGGACCCGGUGAAUCUGGACCCUUCACCAGGGAACCGGGGUUGCUUGGCUACAACGAGAUCUGCACGCUUAUCUCUACCGGAGGCUGGAAAGUGACGCGAGACCCCAACGUCGAUGCCCCAGUUGCGGUCAAGGGCAACUUGUGGAUCGGUUUCGACGACGCCGAAAGCCUCGCGAAUAAGGUCCAGUUGGCGCUGGACAAGGGACUCGCCGGAGCCAUGGUAUGGUCCAUCGAGACGGACGAUUUCAGAGGCAAGUGUGGUCGCGGAAAGAACCCGCUCCAGGAAGCCAUUCGGAAAGCCCUACUGCUUAACGCCUCCGAGCCAACGAUGACCACGUCCGAGUCAACGAUGACCGCGUCCGAGCCAACGAUGACCACGUCCGAGCCAACGAUGACCACGUCGCAACGUCUUACGAGAUCUCCGGUGACUAACUCCCCCGGGCUGUUCACGUGCGUUUCGGAGGAUCGUUUUCCGGACCCGGACACCGAUACCGGAUACAUCUGGUGCGUGCGAAGAGGCAGCGAUUUUCAACUCUUCAAAAUGCGGUGUCCUCGCGGCACCUUCUUUCGCAAACACACCAGGCGGUGCGAUCAUGUCUAUAAAAACGCCCUGUGAUCUGUCGA